UCUUCUUCUUGAUGAAACCAGAGGAGGAUGGGGGUGGAGCUCUCCCUCCCACGCCACGCCCGCCUCUGGGAGACAUGACCCUCUGAAACCCCUAAAUCCUGAAAGUCCCCAACAGGGGGCAGGAGAAGGAGGAGGAGGAUGGGGCACCUAAGCCUCUCCUGCAGAGCCGACUCGGCGGUGGCCACCUGCGACUCGGCCAACUUCACGAUUAACAGGCGGAAGAAGAAGAAGAAGAAGCAGAAGCAGAAGCAGAAACAGAAACAAAAGCAGCAGGAGCAACAGGGGACGCCGACCACGACCACCACCCCGGAGAUCAGAAGGUUCGAGUACAAGGAGCUAGAGAAGGCGACGGAAGGGUUCUCGCCCAGGACGCUAUUGGGGCGCGGAAGCCAUGGCUGCGUCUACCGUGGCGUCCUAGAAGGCGGCCGCCUCGUUGCCAUCAAGCGCCCUUCUCCUCGCGCGCGCGACCACCACCACAAUAGCCGACUCCCUUCCAUAUCCCUCCUCGAUAAUGAGAUCGAGAUCCUCUCCGCCAUCCGCAGCCCGCGCCUCGUCAACCUUCUGGGGUUCGCUUCCGACGAUCCAUCCUCUCCCGACGAGCGGCUCCUCGUCGUCGAGUAUAUGUCCAACGGCACCCUCGCCGACGUGCUUCACUCGCGGCCGGACCCGCCAGGCUGGCCUCGCCGCCUCUCCCUCGCCCUUCAGACCGCCAAGGCCGUCGACUCCCUCCACAGCUCCUCCCCUCCUGUGAUCCACCGCGACAUCAAGAGCUCCAAUGUCCUCAUCGACGGCCGGUGGAACGCUCGCCUCGGCGACUUCGGGCUCGCUCUCCGCGGCCGCGUCGAGGAUGACGUCCGCCUCCGCGCCACCCCGCCUGCUGGCACCAUGGGCUACCUCGACCCCUCCUACCUGACCCCGGAGAGCCUCAGUACCAAGUCCGACGUCUUCAGCUUCGGCAUCCUGCUCCUGGAGAUCAUCAGCGGCCGCCACGCCAUCGACGUCAACCACGCCCCUCCCUCUAUUAUCGAUUGGGCGAUUCCCCUCAUCCGCAAGGGGAAAUUUGCGGCGCUCUACGACCCCAGGAUCGGCCCGCCAAGGGACCCUGCCAUCCGCCGUCAGCUCGCGGUAAUUGCUGCCCGCUGCGUCCGGUCCUCCCGGGAGCGCCGCCCCUCUAUGGCGGAGGUCGUGGAGGCGCUCAAAGAGGUCUCCCGGAGCAUGCCGCUGCAUAUGUGGGAGGGCCUUGCUCAGAGAAUACGGAAUCUGCAGCCCAUCGGCUCGGAUAUGUUGGUGAAUCUGAAUCCUUGCUCGAUGGUGGAGAUCGGAUGCAAAAAAGUGGACGUUGGCGUCGAGGAUCCGGCGAGUGCAGCGGGGAGAACUAGGAGCAGGGUUUCGGGUCAGCAGCCUCUGGUGGAAUUGCAGAAGGUAGGCGAGCUCAAGACCACGUUGGCGAACGUGGUUUCGAUAAAGCCAAAGCAAGAACCUAAAUCUUGUAGACGCACCACCGUUGGCAGAAUCAUGACUGGGCAAGGCGGUGGUGAUGAUGGUAAUGGCGGCAAUAUGGUCAAAAUGAUAGGCAGGAGAGGUGUUUUGGCGAAAUCGCAGCCAUUAUCGCGAGUAUAUAGUGAGGAUGAUGUAUUUAAAUUAGUGAAAGAACAGUCUGUUGAACAAUUGAUGCGCUCGCGGUCACUUAAGAUAACUCCAUUGCAGUGGAGGAAUGUACAACAGACAGCCGAUCCUCUUUAGGAGGAAGGAAGGUUGGAAUUUUGGGUCUUGCUCAUGAAUUAUAUGCUUCAAUCUUUUAAUGAAAAUUUUAUCAUAUUUGUUCUUA